ACUCACGCUUUUUUUUUUUUUAUUCUAUGCAGAAUUUAAAGUGCAUUCAACAACAACAAAUAAGUUGUCAAAAAAUUGAAUUCAUUCUUGGUGAAUCUAAAAAAGAAACAGUGAAAAAGUGAUAUAGUUCAAUUACUUAUUUUUUUGAAGCUGAAAAUAUUAACUAACCAAAAUCGAAGGAGAAAAAGAGGAUCAAAUUAUUUCCAGUUUUUUGAAGCAGAGAUUCCGGACAGAAAUAAUCUUUAAAAAUCGGUAACUGACAAGAUUUUAGAAGCGUGUUGGCAUCGCUCGCAUAACCUCUACCGGCAUUUUUUUAGCGAGCUUCUUUUAGCCUGUAAAACAAAAUCAAAUUCAUUAAUAACUAGGCUAUUUUUUUUUUUUAAUAAAUAGCCUUAAAAAAAUAUCCUGUGAUUAUAAAAUUUAAAAAAAAGGAAUAAGCACGUUUUUAAAACAGAGUCCAAGCUAUGGACUCGCCUGUCAUGCUGGACAACGCAUCCAAAUUCGGACGAGGGAUCGAUCUGGAUUGCGAUUUCCCUGGUUUUAAUUUCGACGAGGACGGCUUUGGUAGACGUACAGAUUUACGUUCUCAUUUGGAUGACUUAGCCACUCGUCAUCCAGAAUUUGCUGAUCAUUUUCUUGGAUCAACUUGGGGUGAUAUCCCCUUUCAAGGUACAUUAAAAAAUCGUCGACGAGGCUCUGGUAGUGGAAACAAUUAUCAAAAUCAUCAAGACGAGGAUACAAAAAGUCAAGCAAGUGGAAGUAGUGCAGCAAGUGGUGCAAGUGCCGUUAGUUCACACGGUGAACCAGAAGUUCGACACGAAUUUCAAGAAUUUAAACGAAAUCCAAUUCCUCAAUACGGCCUCAGAAAUACCGUCGACAUUGGUCAACAUCAAAUAAAUAUGGAUAAUCCACAGAAAAUUAAUCGAAAUCAACGAUCAAUGUCAGCUCCACCAGAAAAUAGACAGGAAUUUCAACAGACAACUGAACAACCUCGUUUUGUGUCUAGAGUUGAAAUUACACCCCAACAACAACAACAAGAGCAAGUGGAAAAAGAAAAAUCCCCAGAACCACAAGCUCAACAGCAAAAAACUCAACAACAGGGAAAUGUUAGACAUAUUCCCAUUUUUGUUGAAGGUCGAGAUGAGCCAGUAAUUUCUAAAAAAAGAGAUGAUGAUUCUUUUGCAUAUUCUUCAUCUCCACCGCAAUUUCAGUCUCAACCACAGUAUCAAUCCCAACCACAAUAUCAAUCUCAACCUCAAUAUCAAUCACAACCGCAAUUUCAAGCUCCUCCAAAUUUUCAUAGACCCUCGCAUUACAAUGAACGAUUUGGAAAACAAAAUUGGCCAUCACAUUUUCAAGAAGCAUUCUUUGAUCAACCCAAAUGGGGACGAGAAGAGCCUGAACGUCAAUUCACGAGAGAUUGGCCUCAUCAACAUUCACAGCAGUUCCAACAUCCCCAACAACAAUCACAAUUUCAACAACAGCAACAACAACAGAAGCCACAGUCACAUCAACAACAUCCACAGCGGCAGCAACAACAACAUCAAGAGAAUCAACAACCGCCUCAACAACAAAAACAAGAACCAGAAGCCCCUAAACCAAAGCAAGUACUUCCUAAAGAUCCCCUCGAGAGGGUUGCACUCGUUCAAAAUGAAGUGAAUUCACUCAACGAGCAGGUGAAAAAUUACAAUGGCAAUUCACGACAAAACAAAGAUUACAUGUAUCUCGAUGAAAUGUUAACACGAGAAUUAAUAAAACUCGACGAUAUUGAAACUGAGGGUAAAGAAAAUGUGCGACAAGCGAGAAAAAAUGCCAUCAAAAGUAUACAAGAAUCUAUAAAUCUCUUGGAAUCUAAAGUUCCAUUACCAGGACAAGAAGUGGAAAAAACAGAAUUAUCAGAAAUAAAUAAUGAAAAUACAACAAAUCCAUCGACAGAGACUGAACAGAGUGAAGAGCCUGCUGACAACAAACCCAUUCCACUUCCUCCGGGUCCCAAUUCUUUAUCAAUUGUUUCUAAAGAAGAAGAGAAUCAAAUAAGUGCAAACACUUCUGGACAAGUUGAAAAUCAAAUUGAAAUUUCCAAAGUUGAAGAAAUUCCAGUUGAGACUGUAGUAACCGAAAAUGAUGCUAAACUAGAAGAACCUAAGAAUCAACUUCCCGAUACUUCGACUAAUUUAUCAGAAAUUGAAAAUCAAAUUUCUAAUUCACAGGAGACGCAGGAAAUCCUAAAAGCAGCGAAAUCACCGAAAAAGGUGAAAAAAACGAAGAAACAAUUAGCGCCAGUUUCGGUGGAGCCGAUACCUCUUCCUGGACCCAAAUCUAGUGAUAAUGAAACAAUAUAACCUCGAGCAAAAGCCUCGCGUUUAUUUCAAGGAUUGAGAAAAUUAGUUAGAAACAAAAGUAUCUCUCGAAAAGACACUUGAGAAAUGAGAAAACAAUUUACGCGAGGAAAUACAUUUUAAUCAUUAAAAGAGAAAUUAUAUACCUUCAGAGAAUUGAAGUGAGAAAUUAGGCAAUUUAAAAAAUAAAUAAUUGAAUAGAAAAGAUACGAAAUUCACGCACAAUAUAAUAUAUAAUAGUUUAUAUUUAAUUUUAAACUCUAUAAAAAUCCAAAGAUUGUGAUGCAAUUAUUUCUAACGAGUUUAUUGAAAAUAGAAUAACUUGGCAAAAAAAAAAUGAAAGAAGAAUACAAAAUGAAUUUAUAUCGUUUCUAUUCGAUUUUUGCAUAAUGCGCCUCUUUUCAUUAAAAAAAACGCUGUGCAAAUGUCUUCAUUUUUCUUAUGGUGCCAUAUCAAAUCAAUAAUUAUGCGUAACCUUGGAUUAUUUAUAUAAACAAUUAAUGUUAAAAUUAUUUUUUUGUUUUGAGAAGUCUAUUUUGAGUGUUGGAAAAAUAAAUUUUUAUCUAACACUGGAUAUAAUCCACUUUUUUUUUUGCAUGUUUAUGAAUAUUUUAAUUUUCAUAAAAAAAAACAAUUGUUAAAAAAUUAUGGAAAAAUUUACUUACUCGAGAAAAGUAUUUAAUUUGUUCCAUUAUGAACGACUGAAAAGUGAUUUAAUUACUUUUGUCAUAUAUCGAUCAUAUUUUUUGUAUUUCCGCGCAGCGUUUAUCGCAUUUGGAUCCUGCCUUUAAAAAAGAAAAAAGAAAAUUGAAUAAUAAUGAAAGAAAAUUUUUGGAGAAUUUUUAGCAAAUCUAAUUUGCUUUCAUUUAGGAGGAUCUAUGAUUAAUUUUUUUUUAUAUAUAUAUGCUAUACAACUUAAAAUACGAGACUAGUAGAAAAAAAAAAGAGUAAUAAGAUCGCCUCUCUUCGUUCAGUAUUAGAGGGACGAUUAUUACGUGAUUAUUAUUAUUUUUUUUAAUUUAUUGAUGAAUGAAUGAUGAAUGCUCGAAUCGAUUUUGCGAACGUCUUAUAUUAUAAAUUACGUGUGAUCGAAUAUGAGCCGUGCAUGUAAUAUUUUUAAAUCUUCAAAAAAAAAAAUAUAUAUAUAUAUACUAGUGUGUACGAAAUUUUGCAAUGACUGUUUAUCUUCAUGAAAUAAAAAAAAAAAAAUUCAUUAAAAAAAUAAAAGUUUAUUCUCUUUGGAAAAGACAAAAUUGUUUUGUUUCUUUGAGUGAAUGAUUUGAAAGCUAUCGUUUUAGUGUUAAUUGAAAGAUAAGCAGCCAUCGUCCCAUUUUUGUUCAAGGUGAUACUUGAUAUCCUCAUUCUCCUUAAUAAGAUUUUUAUGUAAAAUAUAUUUCCUAUCCUUUAGGGAUGAAAUCGUGUUUUCAAUUAUUGUUUUUUGUAUUAUUAAUUGCGAGAUAAAGUCUCCAAAAAAAAGGAUAGUGAAAGGUAGAACAUUGUACAAAAUGCCGAGGACGAGUAUGUAAUUAGUUUAUGAUAAAAGUAUAAUUAAACAUUCUCUCACGUUUGAAA